ACAUUUUAAUACCAGUUGCUUUUUAAGAACCUAAAAAAAAAAAAUUAUUGCCUUUUCAACACCUACGUUUUAGCUAUAAUUCAUUGACCAGUAUGUCAGAUAAAUCUAACAUGCAAAAGCAAUUUGGUCCAAUUUCAACACACCUCAGGUAUUAUAUAAUGAUGGAUCAUUCUCAGCAUCACAAUGACACUGACAUGGAUGUGUGUGGUGAUGUUUCGAGUAUAUCAGCUGUAGCAUCGAUGCACCACUUUAUUUCAUGUGCACAGUCAAAUAUUAUACAUCAUCAUCAUCAUCAUCAUCAUCAUCAUCAACAUUUUUAUUAUGUGCAGCAUGUGUUAAUCACUCAAUUUGUGUCAAUCAGUGAAAGUUUCUGACUACACGACUGCCGUUAACUGGAGAUCUGUAUCUGAAUAGAAUUUGUGAAUUUGAUUUUAUAGUUUAGAUAUAGUUUACUAAUUUGAUUAUAUUGUUUAGUUUUAUAGUUUAUAUACUAUAAAUUGAAAACAUUUUAUAGUUGGAUUUAAUACAGACUCGUGGAUUGAAUUUGUUGUGAGAUACUGCAUCUCUGUAUAUCUCCUGAUUGAUUGCAUCGUGCUUAGACAAUGAAUAUUUCAUGACUGCAUGGACUAAUAGGCCUAGCACUGAAAGGUAUUCCACAAACGGCGCGGGUAUCACAUGUAUUCCCGUUGCUAAGACAGGGUCUGAACUUAUCCUUAAGUAAACCUAGACGUAAACACAUCAUCAGAUGGAGUACUGUGCUGUGAGAAAACACAUAUCAAGUUUAGGAGGAAUUAGUAUUUGAGUAUUUAGGAAAUUUGAGCCAAACCCAGUUGUUGGAGGAUUGUAAUAUGGAGGAGUCCAUCUUGUCACUGGAUUGUCUUAGCCUGGCCGAGAGAGCCAGCACUUAUGAGGCUGAAGAGGAGGAUGAGUGGGAUACAGACACUGAAGCUGAAGAGCAAAAGAGCAUUGCGAAAGACAUGUCCACGGCUGAGGUGUACCUGCAGGCGUGUAAACUGGUGGGUGUCAUUCCCGUCAGCUACUUUCUGAGAAACCUCGGCUGUGCCACCAUCAACCUGAACCACCACGGCCUCGGUCCUUUAGGGGGAAAGGCUCUGGCCAUUGCUCUUGUGACCGACACGCACACUGCAACACUAGAACUGGCUGACAAUUUCCUGCUGGCUGAGGGAGCAAGAUAUCUUGUGCAGAUGCUAAAGGCCAAUUACACUAUUCAAAAUUUGAAUCUCUCUGACAAUCACCUUCAAUCUGCGGGAGCUGAACAUAUCACAAAGAUGCUGCUGGAUAACGUGUCCAUCAAAUCAAUCCGACUUUCUGGAAACGGAUUCUCAGAGGAUGAUGCCAAAUGGUUUGCAGAAGCCUUUACAACCAACUACAGAGUAAAAGAGUUAGACCUGAGUCACAAUAAGUUCUGCGGAAGAGCGGGUGAAUACCUCGGCCAAAUGCUAGCUAAUAACGAGGGCGUGGAGAUCCUUAAUCUGAGUUGGAAUUACCUACGAAUGAAGGGUGCUGUGGCUUUCUGCGCUGGACUUAAAGUCAACGUGACUCUGAAACACUUAGACAUCUCCUGGAAUGGCUUUGGCAAUGAAGGAGCGCUAGCUUUGGGUGAAGCUCUGAAAUUCAACAACACUUUAGUGUACCUGGACGUCAGUAACAACCGCAUCAGUGAUGAAGGAGUAGGAAUGCUCUGCAGAGGCCUCGAGGCCAAUGACACACUCAGAACACUGAAGCUGGCUUAUAAUGUUCUGACAGUUGAAGGUGCCUUGGCCUUGAUCAGCGUCGUAAAGAACUCUCUGAAAACAGCCCUUGAGGAGAUCAACAUAUGUAAUGUGCUGGUGAAUGAAAUCUUUAUACAGCUGCUGGAGUUGACAUGUCAAGAACACCCUGCUUUAGAGGUGUACUAUGGUGGUGUUGGAGGAUUUAUUACCAAAAAGCCUCCAAAGAGGCGUGACCCUAUGAAGGUCAUUCAGGAUUAUCUUGAUCAGCGCAAACUUCGGCUGUGGGAUUUCUUCCGCCACAUUGAUAAAGAUGGGACGAUGCACGUUCCUGUCUCAGAAUUCAGAAAGGCUGUGCAGCAAUCUAGCAUCCCGCUGGAUCGCUUUCAGCUAGAGCAGCUCAUCCAAAGACUAGACCGGGAAGGAACAGGCAUAGUAGACUAUAGAGGCUUGGCUGACACAAGAAAGCAGAUGAUGCGGGACCACCGGCGACAGCUGCGUAAAGUAGAGUCCCGUCAGAAGAAGGAGAAGCAGAAGAGCGAGCGCAUCCUCAAGACAUUUCAGUCGGCCGUUGAGGCCGUAACUCCACGUACCUCCAUAGUCAUGUCACCAGGAGAAAUUAAAGAAGACUCCAGCGGCCCUCAGCGCUUCUCAGCCACUCCCCUUAGUUCCUGGCACCACAUUGUCAUUUCCAACAGCAGCCGUUAUUCCAUCACCAACAUGAGCAGCGAUGUCCGACUUCCAAUGAUAGGGAAUGCUGCAUCCCACAGGCCCCUGAGUUCCCCAGCCAUGCGCUCUUUCUCCCAGCCUAACCUAAUGGACAAUCGCAGCUCUCUGCCUUCUCUAACCAAACCUGCAUCAGCCCAGGGCAUGAACUCUAUCAGCAAUCCAAGUGAAACAACCAGCAAACUUAGUCCCACUGACAACAACCUGACCAGAUCAAGACCUGCAUUAAACACUGCACAACCCAAUGUAAAAGUUUCCAGUGGGAAGAAAAAGAAAAGUAAAAAAAAAAGAUGAGAAGACAUUCAAAGGACAGAAUGUAAUAUGACUAUUACAUGCAAAGGACAAAGUACUGUGAAUACACCAAUACAGAGUGAUUUUAAUGAAUCUAGUGUUUAGAGCUGUAUUUCAUAAUCCAGAUAUGUAAUAAUGCUUGACACAAAAUGUGCAAUGUUAUAUGAAUAUAAUUAU